AUGUCGGAUUAUACAGUGAAAGUUGAAGUAGCAAGGCCGGCGAAUAAGCAAAAGCCGGCGGCGGGACCAGUUUACAGGUACAUAUAUGCUAAAGAUGGUCUCAUGAAGUUGCCGGCGGGAAUGGAAUCUCCCUGGGACUUCUUCAGUGAGUCCGUUAAAAGGAACCCUAAAAGCCACAUGCUUGGUUGUCGUCAAAGCACAGAUGGAAAGGUUGGACCCUAUACAUGGCUCACAUGUGAAGAGGUUUAUGAUGCCUCCCUCCAAAUUGGUUCAGUCAUCCGACGCUGUGGAGUCAAUCCUGUGCCAAUGUGGUGGAGUUCAUUAUCAACCACGCAGAAGUCUCAAUAG